AUGGCCGAUGCCAUGUGCGGUCCAGCCAAUGCUCUCAAGGGCUUGGCUGGCCACCUCGACCGCGAUGGCUCCCGGCAACAGGACCGCUUCGUUGCAUCUCCGCACUCGGCUGCUCAAAACUUCCGAUCUUCACCUGCGAAUGGCAGCAGCGCCAACACUAGCUUUGCAGCUUUUCAAAGUGGCAAUAGUGGCCUCCCGUCUGUUCUUGAUGGCGGGCUUGCCGGAUCGACACUACACGCGCCUCCGCCAGCAGGCCUGGCGGGCUUCCAAGCACGGCAACCUUGGCAGAUGAACACAGCGCCAGCUGCCAUCUCCCAAGCACCACAGACACAACAAGGCGGCCAGUCUUGGAUUAGUGACUUCCAGCAGAUGAAUGUCAACGGAGCCAUGCAACAUCCCGCGCAACCCAAUCUGACGCCACAGGCUGCGCCUCAGUACAAUCCGAUGUUCGCUCCUCAGAGGCCCAUGUUAGGAGGUCCCAUGUACGGCUUCAACAAUUCGGUGGCGCCAAUGGCUCUGCAAGGUCCUGCCCAAGCCACGCCUACCCAAGUCACGCAGGCUGACGACGAUUUCGACUUCGAUGCUGCGAUGAGCCAGUGGAUGGCGGCUAAUUCAGGGCCAGAAGAAGAGGCGGCAGCAGCGACUUCGUUGGCCGACUCUCUGAAUCAAGCAGAGGCAGAACAGCAGUUGCCCGCUGAGCCGGUAGCCUCGUCCUCCGAUGUGCUUCAUCAAGAACCUGUGCAGCCUGUACAGGAGACUGUCGUGCCAGCCGAAGAAGCAGAAGCACCUGCGACCCCGGGUCACGACAAUGGUGAGCUUGCCGCCGCCGCUCGCCAGGUCGUGCAAUCAGUAUCGAACGAGACGAACGACAAGUUUGCGAAAUCCGACUUCUUUGCAUUUAUGCGGAGGCUUGGAAAUGAGGAGAUCGUGCUGCGGGGGACAGAGUUUGUUGAAGCUGGCGCAGCCGACGAUCAAGCGCCCAGUGCGACAACAUCGCCCACAGCGAACAGAGAACCCAAUCUGCAGCCAACAGUCGAGGACGACUGA